GUUCAUUCAACGGCCCUGAUCGAUUCAUCCUAAAGUCACAGCCUUCUCGUGCCGCAGGUCUUGCUCGCUCGCUCGUCGGGCAAUUGGCAUGCUCAGCGCGUGUUCCUUUCAUACUAUAUAAACAACAUCGAUUUCUUCUUUCAUUGAACCAUAAUUUUCUUCACUUCCUCUUUUGCCUAUCUGCUUAACUUACUAUGACAAACCCGAGGGACGAUCGUUUGUUCUCAAGCCUUUCAAAGGCCCGCAAAAGCCCUCCUGGAGGGGAUUCUCAAAAUAGUGGUUUUUUCCAGACGGGACAGGGUGGGCGAACUGUGCUCCCUCCUCUUUCUUCAGCGUUUCCAACCUCACCCUCUUCAGCUCCCAACUAUCCUUCAUAUUCCCAGCAACGUUCAUCUCCUGGAAAAAGUGAUCAUAGCACUUCAACCUAUGGUCAAUGGUCCUCUACGGUACCAGUUGCCCCACAGCAUUCAGGUUAUUAUGAACACUAUGACCGAUAUCCUCCUCAAGCUUCAUACUCGAGCUAUCCUCCCCGCAGCUCACCGACGAUCCCUGCCGAUUCUCACGGUUCUCGCAAGUUGCCUCCAUUAAACGUGUCCGAAAGAUACCAGGGCAGUUACGGUGCAGUGGCACCUCAUGUCUCCAACUAUGGUGAUAUCCGCUCGCCCACCGCUACCUACCCUACCGAGUAUUCUUCCGCUCCUUACCCACCUCAGACCUCAUCAUACUCAUAUCCUCCCGUCCCUGAUCCACGUCACCACCAUUCCAGUCAAAUCUCAUCGAUGCAUCACUCCCAGCAGAUGUCCAUCGGCAUGUACCCGGGGGCCGAGCGAGGUAUGCCUGUACAAGUCGAGGCGCAUGGCCACUCCCCCUACGCCCGAGGCCCAAUCACCAACUCAGUGCUAACCCAAGAGCCUGCUCCAAUGAUGGUUAAUGAUGAGCCUGUCAUUAAGAAAAAGCGUAAGAGAGCCGACGCCGCUCAGUUGAAAGUCCUGAACGAAACUUACGCUCGCACUGCGUUUCCUUCGACUGAGGAACGAGCAGAGCUCGCCAAGAAACUAGAUAUGUCAGCCAGGAGCGUCCAGAUCUGGUUCCAAAAUAAGCGGCAGUCAAUGAGACAGACUACCCGACAGUCGUCGACAUCAGUGUCGACUCCCCAUCAACCAUUUAACAUGUCAUCUCAGACUGACGAAGUAUCGCAUACUUCAUUUGGUGGCGGCAGCAUCAGCCCCACGACCGUCCCUCAUUCCUCAUACAUUUCGCGUUCAAAUCAGGACGCUCGGUCCGUGGCACAGGACAGCCGGUCACCUAUCCCCCAUCGACGCGAAGAAGAUCCUCGUAAAUGGCAGCAACCCGGUCGCUACUGAGUAUUGAUCGUUGCCUAAACACCAUGUCUUUCAUUUCAGCUAGAUUCAUUCUCUCCUCAUAACAGAAGCGUCGUCAUCCUUUUGCAUUCAGGACCUCGAUCAUUCAUUAUCACCGUAUUAACUUACUCGCUAGCCCCUUAAUACCCAUUCAUAUUGAAUUUUAUAUAUCCAUAUCACCCCCACG